AACCGCCCGCUAUUGCAUACAACAACCUUGGACACUAUGGCACGGAUUCGCAGUGUGUCGCCAGCGGACGGCUUCCCGCUGGGUCACUCCGCAACCUCGCCGCAGCCGCAGGUGUCGAAGCGGGACAAACGGAGGAACAUGCUCUCGGACAAGCUUCAGGAGAUGGUGGCAUCUUUUGCGGACAAUAGGGACACCCACUACAAGGCCCAGCUGGCUGCGGUACAGGCUGACAUGAACCUGAUUAUGCGAGCCGACCCCUAUGCGAACAAGCCUCUAGAGGACGGUGGUGAAGAAGCCGCCGAGCUCAUUCAAACCAUCUUGGGAAACCACACACGCCCGGCACCAAGCGCGGAGACAGACUACGUCGCGCAAGUGGGAUCAUACUAUUCACGGUUUGUGGAAGCCGUCAAUGAUGCCAUGGAGGAGAGAGACUACAACUUGACCAUGCUUUGGAACAAACACCAAAGCGCUAGGCUAGAGCACGAGAACACCCACCAGUACAAGGUUCGCGUUGCCGAGGAAGAGCACCGACUCUUGGCUGCGACGGUGCGCGAGCGCCUCACUCAGAGCAUCACGGCGCGUAGAGCGCGAUUGCUACGCGAAAAAGAGCAACUCGAUCUUGCAGACAGCAAUGCGCUGCUCCUCCACCCCAACCAAUUUAGCAUAACAAACCCCGCAAGCCCCGGAGGUGUCCAGAGCAAUCGGAAAACGCGGCACACAAGACAUCGAAUCGACCCAGACGACUUGGCGGGCGCAGCGGCCGCAAAUGAGAACAAGAAGAAGCGGAAGCUAUUUGAGGCAGAAGACAAUGGCUCGCCAGGACCAUCUGGCAGAAACGCCGAUCUGGGGACGAAUUCGCCCUUCAGAGACGCCAAGGCGAGGACGAUUCACACCCAAUUCGAAGCCCCGGCAUAUUCGAUAGAGCGUCUCUUUACCGAGAAAGAGCUCGCCAUGUCCAUGAAUAACGCUGCCAUAGCAGCCGCACACUUCUUUGCCAAGAUGAAGAAUGCAGAUAACACUACCUCUCAAGAUCCAACCACAAAUGGUACGAACGGCGUGAGCCAUGAGAAUGGUUCGGACAACGAAGUCAAUUCCAAUGAGAUAGACCACGAUUCGGACUCCCCCCCAGGCCCGCCUGACAUGCUCCGUACAAUGUCGCAAUCACACCACGCAACCCGCGGUGCGACUCGUUCCGCUUUAGGCGAUCUCGCGUCCCUCGCCACACGCUCAUACCCAUUCACUGCGGCACAACCAAUAAUCCUACCCGCCAACAUCGGCUCGAAGCCGAAUGCCGCUGCUCCGAGUCCUGCGCCGUUGCAGGCCCAAGAUGCGGAACAGGAUUUCAUGAUCAUAUUCCGAGACGCGCCAGCAAAUGAUGCCCUGAAUGAGAAACUCCUCGCCGAUGCCGUCGCGCCCCUAAGAACUCGCGAAUAUCAGUACCAGCCUCCCGGCUGGCAACCUCCAGUUCCGGAAAUCACCACAAAUAUUCGGACUGUGGCUCCGCAUCUGGAGGUCGGCAUUGGCGGCACCUCAAGCGGGAUAGGAGGCGUGCCUAUGAGCGCGCAAAGUAGUAUGGGUGGCUAUAGUGAAAUCGGUGGGGGUGUGGCGAUGAAUCGGUUUGGUGAAGGUAGCUCGCUCGGUGGUGUCGGGAUGCGGAGGACGGCGAGUGGUGCUGGAUAUUCUGAGAUUGGGGAGGAAUCCGGACCAGUACGAGGAGCGGGAAGCGGAAGGGGCAGGAGGGGCGGUAGAAGGGGCGGUUAGGUGAGGCAUUGGCAAGGUGAUCAGGCUUUUGGGCUACGGCGUAGACGGGAUUCAUUCACCUUAGGUUUUGGACUACUAUAUCCCCCGGACCAUCUCAUAGCGAACGGAGCUCGCCAUGGUAGGCUUUUAGGGAUCUGAGCAUAACGUUACCUUAGCGGCUGGUGCUAUGUGUUUGUACAAGAUUGGCAGGCAUCGGGAAUUUAACUCUGACUUCUUGCGUUGAGCCUGUUGUUUUACGAGUGCGGUGUGUCUUGCUUUCUUUGAUACAUAUUAGACUAGUAUAUCUCUGUCUUGUUGUCAACCCACAGGAAUGCGACCCCGCUUUAAUAUCCUAAAGACAAAGAGC